AUGGUCCCGUCGCCACCACACAUUCCACUGCUUGUGCUCAAAUCCCAUAUAUUGUCUAUCGGAGGCGUGCACAGCCUUGGUCUUGGCGUCCUAUGGGGCGUUUCUUGUCAUGAACCGUCGCACUGUGCUCCACCGCUCGACUCGUCACCGUUUCAGGCACCGGAAUUCGGACCUAUCGCAUCUUCAGAAAUGGCGCUGCCUCGAGCCUACCCUUCGACAUGGCUCCGACGAUCGCCCCGAAAUUAUCCACAUGAUACCAUCGAUAAAUGGACGAAAUAA